CGUCAGAGGAGGAUUGUUAUUUAAAAUUGAUGACAAUUUGACAAGCGCUUACAACGUGGAGAAUUUUAAUGCAGGUGAAAUUAGUAAACAUAUCUAUAAUGAAUUAAAAUUAUUAAAGGUUUCUAUAAAAACGGUUUAUUAACUUCGAAAAAUGGCUCCUCCACAAAAAGGCAAACAAGGCACGAAAGGUGCAAAACAGAUUGUGGACGAAAAUGUAUCUACAUUGAAUUUUUAUAGAAACAUGGCCAUUGGAGCCAAUGCAGUGUCACUUCUAAUUCUAGUUUUCUAUCAUUCUACAAUUAGUAUCGUUUUGUACCUAUUCUCGUGUAUCAUAUAUAUAGCUUGUUACCAAUUUAUGGCAUAUAUGGCAAGAGCAAAAUAUACCGAAACGGGUCAGUUGCUUGACAGUGGGGUAGAUUUAAAUAUGGAAGGAGGCAUAGCCGAGCACGUAAAAGAUAUAAUCAUAUUAACGGCAGGGUGCCAGUUACUCUCUGCAAUAAUUUCAAAUUAUUUCUGGUGGUUGUGGCUCCUGGUGCCUCUGCGCGGGGCUUGGAUAGCCUGGAAAAAUAUCCUCCAACCUUAUUUCUUCCAAGAAGCGCCCAAUCAGCCUGAAGUUAACGAGAAGAAACAGAAGAAAAUGGAGAGGAAGAUGAAACGAAUGCAGAGAUAAGGUUUAAUUUGUAAAUAGUGUACGGUUAAAUUGGUGGAAUGGGAGAAUAAUUUAUUAUGAUAGCUACCGACUGUUUCUUCGUUAAGGACGGUAAGGAAAAGAUCAAUAGGAUUAGUUAAAUAGUUUAAUGUCAUUGCAAAACAGGAUAUUUUUAGUGCUGAUUUUUGUCGAAAUACUUGACACUGCCAAUAGUAUAUUUUUAAAACGUAUUUAAUAAAAAUAUUUCACGAAACCGGAUAUGUGUGCCGCCUAAAGUUGUAAAUUUUUUAUAGUUACAAAUUAUUUGUUCAAAUAUAUUGUUAUUUACAUUAUUAUAUGUAUAC